AUGCCUCCCAAGUCCGUGGAUAGGUUCGAAUCCCUAGGAUGCCAAUUUUCGAGCCAAUUUCUAACGAUCCGGAAGAGGAAGGAGAACCUUGCCUACCUACUGUCCCUUGUGCAAGGGAAGACCGAGUCCUUGAAGGACUACAUGCUGGGGUUCAACUGGGAGAAAUUGACUAUAGAAAGCCCAAAUAAAGAAACGGUGCUUUCAGCUUUGAUGAACGGGAUUAGAACCGAAGGGCCACUAAUGGACGAGCUAGCUCGGAGACCAACGUUGGCAACUCUUUGGCAGUUCAUGAACAAAGUUGAGGAGUUCAUCAACCAGGAGGAAACCAUUGGGGCUCUGAUGAAGUCCAAAGCAGAGGUUGGCCAAGGAGAGGCCAGCAACAGCAAGGUAGUACUGGGGAGCUCUGGGAAGAAGAGGAAGGAGGAGAAAAGCCCGAAGACUUCGGGAAAGAAGGUGGAGCAACUAUGCCAACAGGGUCAGAGACUGACUUCGCUGAAUACUAGCGUUACCGAGGUAUUCAUGGAGAUCAAGAGGGAUCCUAACUUCAAAUGGCCAAAAAAGAUGAGGACUCCUCUGCAGAGACGCAGCAACCAAAAGUUCUGCAUAUACCAUAAUGACCACAAUCAUUUGACCAAGGAUUGCAUAUCUCUAUGCCAUGAGAUCGAGAAUUUCAUCAAGAACAGCAAGUUGGUGAGGUUCCUAGCCGAUGAGAGGGAGAGGAGCAGAAAUCCUCAGGAGCCUUUAUGGUUAGAAGCCAACCAUGAAGGCCUCAAAAAAGGACGCGACCAACGAAGAAUACGCGACGAGCCGAAGAGAGAUCGGGACGAAAACCAACAUCCUCGAAAUCAAGAUGUGAUUGGUGAAAUCCAUACAAUUUCUUGA